AUGAAUGCUGGCGAUGGGCUUCUUGUUCUAGAGAGGCAACAGCGCCUGUACCGUUUUCUGGCUGACGUUGCAACCUCGUUAUGCAAGGACAUGCCCGAGGAAAGUGUACCGAAGUCGUCACCCGAACAGCGGAACGCGAACGCAUUGUUGGGCGUCAGGAGGCACUCGUUUUAUCGGUCGCCCGUGCACUUCGAUGCGCACUCUCUACUCCAUUUCGUUGACGCACAGCUGGAUGCAGCGGAGGACCACAUGCGCGCACUGCGAGAGGAUCCCAGGUAUUUUGCCGACAUGCUCCGUGAGAGAAAGGAUCACGCGAUGGAGCACGUGGCCUGGUCACCCUCCGCCCGACCAGUCCAAGUAAAGGAAUCAUGGAAUUACACCAUACGCGUGGUGAUACGUGAAGCUUAUGCUGCCCUGGGAAUGUGGACCGCGGUGAAGGUGCAGCUACAGGCCCUAUCUCAAUUGAUGGCCGACCAUGGGGUAGGUUUGGAGCCUCACGAAGCCCUCUCUCAGCCCUUGGGGGAUGCACUUGCCAACAUGGUGUGGUUGCUGGAGCUGAUGUUUGAAAUGCCCUUCGCAACCUUUCUGGAAGUCUUGCCACCAUCACCUCUGAUGCGAGAUUCGUUCGGAAAGACGAUAACCCUAGACGGAAAGCUUCAGUAUCUCCCUACUCAGCAAGCUUGCGAAGACACAACCAAAGGCGGAAUAAUCAGAACCGUCGCGAUGCUCAUGAAUAAAGACAUUAGGAAAGACGUUGGUCUCCCCACACUCAUGGAUCUAUUCGAUACCGUUCUUUUGAAAGAUCAGGCGACCGUCAGCCUCCUGUCACCACUGGUGAUGAGGACCAUUUCGGAGUUAUCUGCACUGGCAGAGUGCGUGCGCGAGAUCUUUGCUUUCCAGCCGUGGGCCAGAAACAUUAGAAGCGCACUCGAGCGAAAAGAAGCGUCUUUCCGUCAAGACUGGGAGAAAGCUAAGGCGAGAUGGCUGUUGCCGGACAAGGCGUGGAACCAGUCGGAUUUGGCUACGUCAGUCGCGCCCGUGGAAGAGCGAUUUGCCUAUCCGGUGAACAAGAAACCCUCGCGCAAGCGGACGAAUGCAAUGCAACGUGCAGAAGCCAACCUCGAUAAAUUUUGGGCGGAGGCGGAUCGUGAGAUCUUGGACCACCUGAAACAGAUGGAACUGCCCGUUGAUGCAACUUGGGUACCAUAUCGUACUCCCAACUGGGUGGAGCCCAUGAGUCGUCGAGAACCCAGGGCUCCUCAUGUUCCUCAGGUUUCACAGGAUGUGAUUGAUUUCGAGCUCGCACAUCGUACACAACAGAGACCUAGCAAAAGCCAAACAGGUAAUACGCAACCCGAGAAGGCCAAAACACGGGGGCCUGCGCAAGCGCCUUCGUCAGAAUUCCCCAUACCGCCACCAGAAGACGGCACUCCAACCCCAAAGAUUAGCGUGACGCAUGAAUCUCUACAGGUGUUUCGAAUGCUACUUCCUCACAGAUGGGAAGGUGCGCUCCCGGGGCAGCUCCCCUGGAGAGAUUUCAUGUCUGCAAUGACGGAAGCUGGCUUCCGGUCAGAAUCUACCUCUGGCUCCUCGGUGGGAUUUAUUCAUUAUAAAACUCGGCAGAGGAUUCAGGUACACAGUCCUCACCCACACUCGAAAUAUGAAUUUCACGCCGCUCGGAACAUUGGCAGGCAUCUGAGGCGCAGAUUUGGAUGGGACGAAAAGACGUUCUGCUUGAAGUCUACGUGA